UCUCUGUAUAUGUGAUCAAACAAGAGAAGGAAUAGGUCACUGAUGGUUUGUGCUCGUAGCGGAAAGAGUUCAGAAGCGUUUCAAUCACUUGAGAAUUAUGAGUAUUAGUGCCCUUUUGGCCUUAAGUAACCCCGAAAGCAGUAAGGAAGACUUGUUAGAAGCCAUGCCUGCCUUAAGUUCCAACUACUGCUCUUCCGAAGUUGAGGCUGUGCCUCAUACUGUAUAACGUUGGGCGCAGGGCCUCAGUCUUGGUCCUGAUGGCCCCCACACCGCCUUCACAAUUGUGUCGCCGUCACUCAGCACAGAGGGCAGCGGCGUGGGGAAAUCUAAGGAGCUCUCUGUGAGCGCACUGCGUAACUGCAAUGUUGUGCAGGAGAAUGAACUAUUAAAAGCAGCGAGGUCGCUGGAGUCUUUGCGUCUAACAUUCGUACUCCAGUUGACUGAGAGCAGCCAGGUGCUAUGGGAAACCGUGUUGUGGCAGGGACGGCUGUACAUCCAGUUGCCGUCAUGCAUACUUCCGGAAGGAUCCAAGGAGGGCUUUGUCUCCCUGUUAGAAUAUGCGGAAGAAGUGCUCAAGUGCAGUCACAUCAUUCUGUGCUUCAAGAAAGAUCGAACAGAUAGAGCUCUUCUUGUGCGGACCUUCAUGUUCCUGGGAUUCGCUCCCCUAGCCCCUGGCAACUCUCUUGUCCCCCGCAAGGCAGAUCCAGGCAACCUCUACAUGCUCUACACCAUUGAGUAAUUAUUAUCCACUAUGACUUGCCUCAGACCAAUUUAGCACUAUUUCCCCAUUGUAUAUGUUAUGAGAAAUUUUAAUCUGUGUUGCUAAUGUUUUACUUUCUUUUAACAUACUUCAACUCUUGAAGACAUUGUAGGAUCUUUUUUAUGGGGUUAUUAUACUCUAUUUUCUCCUCACCCCUGCUGUCUUAAUUAUAUGCUGUGGCUCACACUUUGUUGUAGCUGAAUAACCUUAUGUUUUGAUGUAGCUGUUUGGAGAUAUUUGCUUCAAUAUUUAUCAGCUUUAGAAAUGACUUAGGUAUUGCACUUGUAUUUAUGUAUCUGGUCUGAUGGCAAGCGUGUGAUAGGGUUGUUUUGAUCUGUAGUAAUAAAUUUAACUAUGUCUUCUCUUUACCACCGGUGAAAUCUUUUCAGGGCCGAACAGCUGUCAGGUUCUUAGGUGUUAUCAUGUUUCUGACUUUCUCUGAUUCUUUAAGUCACCAUUUUAAGACAUUUUGAAGUUUGUUCAAGUCAAGUUAUCAUUCUCUAGAGUUACUAUGCUCGAUUUCCCCACGUUGGUUCUAGUGAGAGAGGGGCAUUUGAUAAAGAAUCAGAGGUCUGUUAAUUAAGUGGCAGUUUGGGGCACUCCAAUUUUCAUCAAUUCAUUCUUCAAAAUUUGCACAAAAUUUUUUGUCUGGUUGUAUUUACUAUAUUUAAGCAAAUCAUCAGAGUGCCUCAAACUAGUUAACCUAACUCCGAUUUUCGAUUCAAUUCUGUCUCUUGUUCUGAGUGGAAGUGACACCUAAAUACUAAACACGCGUAUGACUCCUCAUACGUACGAAAAAAAAAUAAUAAAAUAAAGAAAAUCCAAAAAAAAUAAAAAUGCAAUGUAGGUUUUGUUUUUACACAUGUUUAUUUUGUGGUUCACAUUAUACAUUCAUGCCUUAUACCAUUCCAGUUUUUUAACUAGGUCAUCUGGCAUUUGCUGGGCGGCCCAGUUCCACCGGUUUUUGUUUUUAUUAAUCAUGUAGGUGAGGGAGUGGUUACUUUUCUUUGUCGUUCAUAAUGUAUGUUCACUAGAUUAAGUUUUGUAUCAUUGGAAAUAUUUUAUUUGUUUAGUAUCCCUUUUAAGCAUUCAAGAAUCAAAUAUAUAUCCUGUUCAAUUAUA